CUUCCGGUAUUUUUGACGUUAUUUCUGACAGUUCCAAGGAAAGUAAAAGAACAGACACAAUGAACGUCAUAUUGGCAAUAAAGCAAUAUAUCAGUAAAAUGAUCGAUGACAGUGGUCCUGGAAUGAAAGUUCUACUCAUGGAUAAAGAAACGACGAGUAUUGUCAGUAUGGUUUAUGCUCAGUCAGAAAUCCUGCAAAAAGAAGUCUAUCUGUUUGAAAGAAUAGAAUCUACAGGACGAGAGACGAUGAAACAUUUGAAAUGUAUCUGCUUUUUGAGGCCAACAAAGGAAAAUAUUGACUUGCUGGCACAGGAGCUGAGAAUGUCAAAAUAUGGACUUUAUUACAUUUACUUGAGCAAUGUGGUGAGUAAGCAGGAUGUGAAGACGCUGGCUGAGGCAGAUGACCAGGAAGUUGUUCGGGAAGUACAGGAAUUCUUUGGUGAUUACAUAGCUGUGAAUCCACAUCUGUUCACCCUUAACAUUGUUGGUUGUUACAAGGGCAUAGACUGGUCCCCGGCAGCACUAAAGCGGACAACACAGGGCCUAACAUCCGCGCUCCUUUCACUGAAAAAAUGUCCCAUGAUUCGCUACCAGAAUUCUUCAGAAAUGGCCAGAAAAUUAGCGGAAUCUGUCAGAAGUACCAUCAGCAAGGAUGCAGGUUUGUUUGACUUCAGAAGGACUGAUGUUGAGCCGGUGUUGUUAAUACUGGACAGAAAGGAUGAUGCUGUCACACCUAUGCUUAACCAGUGGACGUACCAGGCUAUGGUCCAUGAGCUCCUUGGAAUCAACAACAACCGUGUCAGUCUUGCCAAUGUACCAGGCAUCUCUAAAGACCUACAGGAAGUGGUCCUGUCUGCAGAACAUGAUGAGUUCUAUGCAACUAACAUGUACAUGAACUUUGGAGAGAUAGGCAACAACAUCAAGGAGCUUAUGGAUGAGUUCCAGAAAAAAUCCCAGAGCCACGCCAAGGUCGAAUCUAUAGCGGACAUGAAGGCUUUUAUAGAGAACUACCCCCAAUUCAAGAAGAUGUCGGGGACAGUGUCAAAACAUGUGACGGUUGUGGGGGAGCUGUCUCGUCUUGUAGCGCGACAGGAGCUACUCGAGGUCUCAGAGACUGAACAGGAACUUGUAUGUCAGGGAGACCACUCAGCCUCAUUACAGAAAAUAAAGACAUUACUAAACAACAACAAGGUAACACAACUGGACAAGUUAAGGCUGGUGAUGCUUUAUGCCCUGAGGUACGAGAGUCACAGCAACAAUGAUGUAGCCGGUCUCGUAGAAACACUCAGGAAACAGGGAAUUGGGGAAAAACACAGAGCUUGUGUAUCAGCCAUAUUGGAGUAUGGGGGCAGAAAGGCAAGAGGCAGUGACCUGUUUGGCUCUACAGACCCUGUGGCAUUCACAAAGAGAUUCCUCAAGGGCUUAAAGGGUGUAGAGAAUGUGUACACACAGCACAAGCCCCUAUUAUACUCAAUCUUGGACCAACUGAUGAAGAGCAAGUUACGGGAGGCAGCCUACCCCUACCUAGGCUCUGCACAACUCAAGGACAGACCACAGGACAUCAUAGUGUUUGUGAUAGGGGGUACGACUUUUGAAGAGGCUUUCUGUGUUCACCAGUUCAACAAGUCUGUGCCAGGUGUUAGGAUUGUCCUUGGAGGAACUGCAGUCCACAACUUCACAACAUUCCUUGAUGAGGUGCAGACAGCAGGCCAGCCCGUGUCUCUGAGUCGGGCAGACGCUGUACGGCGAUGAUCACACAGCAACACUUUCCAUGAUCCAACCAGGCCUCAUCUCAUAUCUGUUGCACGGUCAAACAUUUACAGCCACAGAUUGACUCACCGUGCAAGGACAAAACCUGUGUUGCCAUUAAAUGUAUUACACAUUUUGUAUGUUCAGACUUGUGAAUGAAUUGAUUUAGGUAGUUAUGUUUGAGAAGUAAGUGAACUGUCUAGCAAGGGAAGAUUGCAAGAGAACAAUACAUAUGGUAUUGCAUGUAAAAAGACAGCUUGAUAACUUUCAAAUUUCAAACUUAAUAAUUAAAAACCAAGUAAAAUUAGGGUGAUAAAUUAUCAUUAAUCAUUUUUUAUACUAGGUAUGUUGAAUUUGUAUUGUUAUCUUCCAUUUUAUUAGCUCGUCUAUUUUCACGGAAGAAAAGUCUAGGUGUGGUCAUAGUUGGAGGGUCUUAGGCAUUGUUAUUGUUUAAAAACUAUUAUCUUGGCCACUACUCUCUAACAGUUCAAGAUAUUCAAUUAAAAUGUGGUACACAUGAUGCCAGAUACACACAUGUAUAGCAAAGUCUUGAACUCUAGACUUAAAUAGCUGUUAAGUUAUGCCCCUUUUUACAAACAGGCUUAGGAAAAUUUUGUCUGACAUAUGCCUGGCACUUAAACACUUCCUCAUUACUAUUUUUACCAAAAUUUAGAACAAUCACAUGUAGCUUGCUUCUGAAACCCCAAUAUAGCUACAUAUUAAAAAUAAGUUCAUUGGAACAUAACUGUUAAACAUUUUGGUCGUAAGAAAUAUGCAAGGCAUUAGAACACUUCAUGGUGAUCAUGUGUGCUAUUAAUCAGAAUGGGUCCCUUUAACUGUUAAGUCCAUAAACCCCUUUAUAGCCAUAAUGUGAGAAUUAAAUUGAAAGGGCUCAUAACUCUUGAACAAAUUGGUCGUGGCUCAUGAAAAACAUGUUGGGCUCGGUGAAAGUUAUGGCGAUCAAGUGAUAAAUUUUCUCCUUCAACUUUUUGCAAUAAACCACACUGAUGCUUACAGAACCAUAUACCUACAGUAUAUAUAUAUACAGGGAAUAAGGAUUGCAUGCACUGUUGUUCUCAUUUUUUCAUGAUGUUCAUAAAAUAAAAAGAGAAACAUAAAGUAGACACUUUCAAAAGCAUAUCUUACAAGUUGUAACAAUGCAAAUUAAAUCAUACUGAGGUCAUUAAAUGUCAUGAAUGACACUUGGUUCUAACUUAGUGUUGCAUUGUAGCUUUAUGAUGAAAAAACUGCUUUUUGUCUAAUAAUGUUUUAUUUGAAUAUUAUAUGCUGAUAAUACAGUGAUAGUGAUUUGUUAUUCCAUCAUAAUUGUUAAACAAAUUUGUAUGUGCAAUAUAUUUGAUUGUUGAUUGAAAUGUAUUAUAUAAACUGUGCUGAAAUAAAUAUUUGAAUACUAA